CCCGCUGUUUCUCCAAAAGGCAAAAGGAAGAGGAAUGACGUCGAAGAUUCCGGCACUUCCAAAGCCGAAGAAGUUGAUCCUUCACGUCAGAAGGCAGCUUAUGAUCCUUAUCUUGAAUCCCUCGUCAGCUCAAGUACCAACUUUUGACGUGGCUCCUCGGACGAGCACGUCACAUACUUUACUUGCCUCGGAUACGCUAGUUGAAGGAGAAGAAUCCUCGCCUCCUCAACAAAACGUCGUCACCACUACUCCGCCAUCAAGCCCCCUUGCUCCUUCACCAAAAAGGACAAGGAUUGAAACGAUCAUUGAGCCUGCCCCUCAAUUGGGUAGCUCUUCUACUCCGCUCUUGGAUGAUCCCAUGAUCAAAGAGCUUAUUCGCAUCGGAUCCCAAUUCAUUGGGUACCGUGAGUAUGCCAGCAGAACUGAAGAGAAACUUGCAGAGGCCAACAAGCUUGCCGACGCUCUUGCUCAAAAACUGGAGCAAAGUGAAGCGGCCCGCAAGAAAGCCGAACUUGUUGCUAGCGAAGCUAAAGCAGAGGCUGAUGAAGCCAAGGCAAAAGCUGCUAGUGUCGAGGAGCUGCAGAAGAGACUUGAGGAUGCUGAAGCUGCAUUAAAUGAGCACAAAGCCGCACAGGCUGUUGCAAGCCUCCGAGUAUCUUAA